AUGAGUGAAGGCGUGGUCGGGACCAAGGAAUCUCUGAAUCUAAACAGUGAAUUGCCUCUGCCACCGGCCGUUUCACAGUCAUCGUCUGUGUCCCUAAACACCGCAACAUCGGCCGCCACCGCUGCUGCCAGUUGUCCGCCAACUGCCAAUGUGGUAACCAUUCCGGUGCCCAUACUGCAGUCGGAAGGUAAUUUCGCCUACAUCACCGUCAAGGGAUCCCUGCACGACUACACCUGUACCGUCUUUGGACUGAAUCAAGCCGAAAUUCAGGCCCUAUCCAAACGCUUCGAGAGCGUUAAGCCGUGCGUGAAUGGUAUUAUGGUGGCAGUGCCACCAAUGGUUAUGCUGAACACUCUUGCCCAGCUAAGCUAUAAGGUCACCUGCAGUUGCGGCGAAGCUGAAAUCUGUUGGACCAUGCAGCGUGAGGUCUAGGCUUCAUUGACAGAGAGAUCACAUCGUCAAGCGUCAGAUAACUAAAUUCGAAAGCACCAGGCAAGGAAUUCCACAACGAAAUACUAACUCGAAAUUAUAAGGCAGUCAAAAAAUA